CUUGUGCCAGCAGACUGGGCUCACCAUGGUGCCAGGCGCCGUCCUGGCACGAGGGAGGGAUGUGUGCAAGCGAAACGGACUGCUCAUCCUGUCUGUGCUAUCUGUCACCGUGGGCUGCCUUCUCGGCUUCUUCCUGAGGACCCGUCGCCUAUCACCACAGGAAAUUAGUUACUUCCAGUUUCCUGGAGAGCUCCUGAUGAGGAUGUUGAAGAUGCUGAUCCUGCCACUGGUGGUCUCCAGCUUGAUGUCUGGCCUCGCCUCCCUGGAUGCCAAGACCUCCAGCCGCCUGGGCAUCCUCACCGUGGCAUACUACCUGUGGACCACCUUCGUGGCAGUCAUUGUGGGCAUCAUCAUGGUCUCUAUCAUCCACCCGGGGGGCGCGGCCCAGAAGGAGACGACAGAGCAGAGCGGGAAGCCCAUCAUGAGCUCGGCCGACGCCCUGCUGGACCUUAUCCGGAACAUGUUCCCAGCCAACCUGGUGGAAGCCACUUUCAAACAGUACCGUACCAAGACCACCCCCGUUGUCAAAUCCCCCAAGAUGGCAACAGAGGAGGCCCCUCCUCGGCAGAUCCUCAUCUACGGGGUCCAGGAAGAGAACGGCUCUCAUGUUCAGAACUUUGCCCUGGACCUGACCCCGCCACCCGAGGUUGUUUACAAGUCAGAGCCUGACACCACCGAUGGCAUGAACGUGCUGGGCAUCGUCAUCUUCUCUGCCACCAUGGGCAUCAUGCUGGGCCGCAUGGGGGACAAUGGGACCCCUCUAGUCAGCUUCUGCCAGUGCCUCAAUGAGUCCGUCAUGAAGAUUGUGGCGGUGGCUGUGUGGUACUUCCCCUUUGGCAUUGUGUUCCUCAUCGCCGGCAAGAUCCUGGAGAUGGAUGACCCCACAGCAGUCAGAAAGAAGCUGGGUUUCUACGCGGUCACCGUGGUGUGUGGACUGGUGGUCCAUGGCCUCUUCAUCCUGCCCCUGCUCUACUUCUUCAUCACCAAAAAGAACCCCAUUGUCUUUAUCCGAGGCGUCCUCCAGGCCUUGCUCAUUGCACUGGCCACCUCCUCCAGCUCAGCCACACUGCCCAUCACCUUCAAGUGCCUGCUGGAAAACAACCACAUUGACCGGCGGAUUGCCCGCUUUGUGCUGCCUGUGGGCGCCACCAUCAACAUGGAUGGGACAGCACUCUAUGAGGCUGUGGCCGCCAUCUUCAUUGCCCAGGUCAACAACUAUGAGCUGGACUUCGGCCAGAUCAUCACCAUCAGCAUCACGGCCACAGCGGCCAGCAUCGGGGCAGCUGGCAUCCCCCAGGCUGGGCUCGUCACCAUGGUCAUCGUACUCACCUCCGUGGGACUUCCCACUGACGACAUCACCCUCAUCAUCGCUGUCGACUGGGCUCUGGACCGUUUCCGCACCAUGAUUAACGUGCUGGGUGACGCGCUGGCGGCAGGGAUCAUGGCCCACAUCUGCCGGAAGGACUUUGCUCAGGACACAGGUGUGGAGAAACUGCCGCCCCGUGAGACCAAGCCAGUGAGCCUCCAGGAGAUCGUGGCAACCCAGCAGAAUGGCUGUGUGAAGAGCGUGGCGGAGGCCUCAGAGCUGACCCUGGGCCCUGCCUGUCCCCACCACAUCCCUGUCCAGGUGGAACAGGACGAGGAACCAGCUGCCACCUCUCUGGACCACUGCACCAUUGAGAUCAGUGAGCUUGAGACCAAUGUGUAGCCUGCAGAGCUGCAGGGGCCAGGGGAGG